CCUCAGCCGCUCGCGUCACUUUUACUGCUGCUGCUGGCCUGAGAGGAGCGGAGCGUUUCUGCCUCAAAUAAACAAAUAAAUAAAUAAAACUACACACAAAGACGGACAUGACUGCGGAGAGACCCAGCGCGAGAGAGGAGAGGAAGUUAAGGAAGCCAUUAAUAGAGAGGAAAAGACGAGAAAGAAUAAACCAUUGCCUGGACCAGCUCAGAGAGACGGUGGUUGGGGUAUUUAGACUGGAUCAGUCCAAGUUGGAGAAAGCUGACAUCUUGGAGAUGACCGUCAAGCACCUGCAGAACAUUCAAAGUAGCAAAGUUAAUGAGCCGGUUCAGGACUCUGAGGCCCAGCAGAGGUACAGCACCGGCUACAUCCAGUGCAUGCAUGAGGUCCACAACCUGCUGCUGUCCUGCGACUGGAUGGACAAGACGCUCGGCUCACGACUCCUCAACCACCUGCUCAAAUCGCUGCCCAGGUCAGCUGAGGCUGGGUCCUGCCAGAGACCCAAACCCUCUCUCUCUGAGCACAAUGAGCACUCUGACCACUCUGAUCAUGUACAUUACAGUGGCAGCGAUAUAGAAGGUCCGAGUUCAUGCCCUGCUUCUCCUGUAAGGGGCAGCAGGGCAGCUGUUAAAAGUUGUGGCAGCACCCCUCUUGGUAGGCCUGAGCCCACUGAGAGCCCACAGCUCACAGCUCUGGAGAUGUGGAGGCCCUGGUGAAUACAUGUGUGUGUGUUUGUGUGUGUGUGUGCUCUCUGUAGACCCUCCUCUGCUAUGUAUCUUAUAGAUAUGCAUGUUGAUGAUGAGCACGUUGGAGGCGACUCUGGUGCAGAUUAGCUCUCUCUUUUCUCUCGAACCUCAUUGCUUCCUGUCUGAAGUAAAGUUACAGUAGCCUGCAUUGUAGAAGGCCUUUAUUAAUCCAUGUGUGUUAUUUAUUUAAUUAACACAGUAAUUUAUUCAAUUAAGUAAUAAUAAUAGUAAUAAUAUUCAUGGCUAGCGGUUUAUUAGCUGGCUAACUAAUAUUGUAGAAUUUAACUUAAGCUGUAUGUAAGUGUAUUAACCUGUUAAAUAAUUAAUAAACAAACAGUUCUUUCAUAA